CACCCCACCCCACCCCACCCCACCCCACAACACCACAGCAGGCCGCUGGAGUCGCGGGACCACCUGGGUCUAUGGACCAAAUCCUUCCUCACUAAGGGGAGGGGAAGGGUGUUCCAGCCGGGCAGGGUGGGAAGGCUGCUUGGGCGGGAUUGUGACAUGAGUGCCCUGGUGACAUGGAACAGAUCUGUGGCAUAAAUAAAGGUGUCAUAAACACAGGGCGGGGCUCACGCUUAUAAGGGGCAGGAGCCUCUCAGGGCUGCCAGAAUGGCUCCCGCUCAGUGCGCGGCGCCAGCCUGUAUCAUGUCCCAGCUGCGUUUCUGGGGCCUAUGGCCCCUCCUCACGUGGCAACUAUUGUGUCUACUAGUCAAGGAGCUCAGCCUCUGGAGUGGGUCAAGGACCCGCUCCAGCUGACCUCUAACCCCCUGGGGCCGCCUGAGCCCCGGUCUUCCCGCUCCUCCCAUCUCCCAUGGGAAUCUCCCCAUGCGCCCACUCCCCCAGCAGACCCGGGGGACUUUGAUUACCUGGGGCCCUCUGCUUCCUCGCAGAUGUCAGCCCCACCCCGGGAAUCGACUGAAAAUUUGGUUCCAUUCCUGGACACGGAUUCAGCUGAAGAGCUGCCCCUGGGGCCAGAGCAGUUCUCCGCUGCACACCAGGAUUUAAAUGACAAGCCGACUCCGCAAGAAAGGCUCCCAGAGGUGGUCCCACUGCUGGACGGGGAUCAGAACCAGACCCUAGUUCAGCUUCCUCGCCUCAAAAGUAAGGUUCCAACUGCAGAUCUAGAUCGGGCUGCAAGUCAUCAGGCAGAUGAAAUACUUGUUCCGCUAGACAGUAAGAUUUCAAAACCAACCACAUUUAUUGUUUCGCCCAAGAACCUGAAGAAAAAUCUAGCCGAGCAUUGGAGCCUUGCUGAGAUUGUCGGAAUUCCACACCCAUUAUCCAAACCUCAGCGUGAGAAACAGACUUUGCAGGAUGAAUAUUCGAGUAUGGACACACUGUAUCCCGGCAGCCUGCCUCCAGAACUCCGGGUGAACUCAGAUGAGCCUCCAGGGCCCCCUGAGCGAGUUGGACUUUCUCAAUUCCAUCUAGAACCCGAAACUCAAAAUCCAGAGACCCUUGAAGACAUCCAGUCCUCCUCACUCCCGCAAGAAGCCCCAGCGCAGCUUCCACAGCUCCCUGAGGAGGAAGAACCUUCUUCCACCCAGCAGGAGGCCCCAGCUCUGCCUCCAGCAUCCUCUGUGGAGAGUCUAACUCCACCGAAUCGUGAGGUGACAGUUCAGCCUCCAGGUGAGGAUCAAGCUCAUUAUAACUUGCCCAACUUUACAGUUAAACCUGCAGAUGUGGAGGUUACCAUAACUUCAGAGCCUACCAAGGAGACAGAAUCUUCCCAAGCCCAGCAGGAGGCCCCAGUUCAGUUUCCCGAGGAGGCAGAACCUUCUGCAACCCAACAGGAGCCCCCAACUGAGCCUCCAGGUCCUCCUAGAGAGGCUGAAGUUUCCCCCAGUGAGCAGGAGCAGCCAGCUCAGCCUUUGGAGUCUUCUGGGGAGGUUGAGUCUUCUCAGACUCAGCAGGAGACCCCAGCUCAGCCUCCAGAAGAGAUGGAGCCAUCUGCAAUCCAACAGGAGGCCCCAACUGAGCCUCCAGGUCCUCCUAGAGAGGCUGAACUUUCCCCCAGUGAGCAGGAGCAGCCAGCUCAGCCUUCUGAGUCUUCUGGGGAGGUGGAGUCUUCUCCAGCCCAGCAGGAGGCCCCAGCUCAGCCUCCAGAACAUCAUGAAGUCACAGUUUCACCUCCUGGUCACCAUCAGACUCAGCAUUCAGAUUUGCCCAGUGUCUCUGUGAAGCCUCCAGAUGUGCAGCUCACCAUAGCAACAGAGCCUAGUGCAGAGGUGGGAACUUCUCCAGUUCUCCAGGAGGCUACAGCUCAGCUCUCAGGGCCAGGUAAUGAUGUAGAACCUCCCGCCAUCCAGCACGGGGGCCCACCUCUGCCUCCAGAGUCAUCGGAAGAGGCUGGACCUUCAGCAAUUCAACAGACUUCAGUUCAAUCUCCGGAACCUGUUAAUAGUGAGAACCCCUCUCCAACCCAGCAGGAGGCUGCAGCUGAGCAUCCACAGACCGCUGAGGAGGGUGAGUCUUCUCUAACCCAGCAGGAGGCCCCAGCUCAGACUCCAGAGCUCCCUAAUGUAGUUGUAGCUCAACCUCCAGAGCAUUCAAACCUGACUCAAGCCACAGUUCAACCUUUGGACCUGGGGCUUACCAUCACUCCAGAACCCAUUACGGAGGUUGGACAUUCUACACCUCUGAAGAUGACUUUCGUUCCUCCAAAGCAACUUAAGGUGACACUUCCACAUCCAGACCAGGUUCAGAUUCAGUAUUCAUACCUGACUCAAGCCACAGUUCAACCUUUGGACCUGGAGUUUACCAUCACUCCAGAAUCCACGACAGAGGUUGAACUUUCUGCAACCAUGCAGGAGACCCCAACUCAGCCUCCUAAGAAAGUUGUACCCCAACUUCGAGUGUAUCAAGAGGUAGCAAUUCCAACAGUAGGUCUGGAUGAAGCUCAGCAUCCAAUGUCACCCAGCGUCACAGUUCAACCUUUGGACCUGAGACUUACCAUCACUCCAGAACCCACUACGGAGGUUGUACCUUCUACAGCCCGGAAGAAGACUCUAGUUCCUCCAGAGCAUCCCAAGGUGACACUUCCACAUCCAGACCAGGUUCAGACUCAGUAUUCACACUUGACUCAAGCCACAGUUCCACCUUUGGAUCUGGGGUUUACCAGCACUCCAGAAUCCACGACAGAGGUUGAACCUUCUACAGCCCUGACGACUACAACUCCUCCUCCAGAACACCCUGAGGUGACACUUUCACCUUCAGGCAAAGGUCAGGCUCAGCAUUCACACCUGACUCAAGCCACAUUUCAACCUUUGGACCUGGGCCUUACCAUCACUUCAGAACCCACUACGGAAGUUGGACAUUCUACACCCCUGAAGCUGACUAUAGUUCCUUCAAAGCAUCCUAAGGUGACACUUCCACAUCCAGACCAGGUUCAGACUCAGCAUUCACACCUGACUCAAGCCACAGUUCAACCUUUGGACCUAGGGUUUACCAGCACUCCAGAAUCCACGACAGAGGUUGAACCCUCAACAGCCCUGACGACUACAGCUCCUCCUCCAGAACACCCUGAGGUGACACUUCCACCUUCAGACAAGGGUCAGGCUCAGCAUUCACACCUGACUCAAGUCACGGUUCAACCUCUGGCCCUGGAGCUUACCAUAACUACAGAACCUACUACAGAGGUUAAACCAUCUCCAACCACAGAGGAGACCUCAACUCAGCCUCCAGACCCAGGGCUUGCCGUAACUCCAGAGCCCACUACAGAGACUGGACAUUCUACAACCCUGGAGACGACUACAGCUGCUCAUCCAGACCAGGUUCAGACUCUGCAUCGAAAACUGACUGAAGUCACAGUUCCACAUACUGAACUAGAACCUACUCAAAAUUCAUUGGUGCAGCCUGAAAGUUACGCCCAAAAUAAGACUUUAACUGCACCAGAGGGACAGAAGGCCUCCACAAGCACCAACAUAUGUGAGCUCUGUACCUGCGGAGAUGAGACACUGUCAUGUAUUGAUCUCAGCCCAAAGCAGAGGCUCCGCCAAGUGCCUGUGCCAGAGCCCAACACCUACAAUGGCACCUUCACCAUCUUAAAUUUCCAAGGAAACUAUAUUUCGUACAUUGAUGGAAAUGUAUGGAAAGCAUACAUUUGGACCGAGAAACUAAUUCUCAAUGAAAAUUAUUUGACUGAAUUACAUAAGGAUUCAUUUGAAGGCCUGCUAUCCCUCCAGUAUUUAGAUUUAUCCUGCAAUAAAAUACAGUCUAUUGAAAGACAUACAUUUGAACCACUACCAUUUUUGCAGUUUAUAAAUCUUGGUUGCAAUUUACUCACAGAACUGAGCUUUGGAACAUUUCAGGCCUGGCACGGAAUGCAGUUUUUAUACAAGUUAAUUCUCAAUCGCAAUCCUCUGACAACUGUUGAAGAUCCGUAUCUCUUUAAAUUGCCAGCAUUAAAAUAUCUAGACAUGGGAAAAACGCAAGUUCCACUUACAACACUUAAGAACAUUCUCGCGAUGACUGUUGAACUGGAAAAACUGAUCUUACCUAGCCAUAUGGCCUGCUGCCUCUGCCAAUUUAAAAACAGCAUUGAGGCUGUCUGCAAGACAGUCAAGCUGCAUUGCAACAGUGCAUGUCUGACAAACACCAUACAUUGUCCUGAAGAAGCAUCCGUAGGCAAUCCAGAAGGAGCGUUCAUGAAGGUGUUACAGGCCCGGAAGAAGCACACGAGCACUGAGCUGACUAUUGAGCCGGAGGGGCCCUCAGACAGCAGUGACAUCAACUUGUCAGGCUUUGGGAGUGAGCAGCUAGACACCAAUGACGAGAAUGAAGUUAUCAGUGCACUAAGUUACAUCUUGCCGUAUUUCUCAGUGGUGAAUCUAGAUGUGAAAUCAAUGUUGUUACCGUUCAUUAAACAGCUUUCUUCAAAUGUGCAAGAUGGAGAUAGGCCCCUGGGUAUUUUGAAAAACAAUAUAAAGAGCCCCUCUCUUCAACCUGCAUCCGACAACCCGACUUAUGAAAUUUAUGAAAAUAAAUUGAGAAAGCUAUACUUGCUGGAAAAUAUGUUAGAUGCAGAAAUACAGGAAAAAAUCAAUGAAGUUAAAAGGGAAGAAAAAAGUGCCAUGCUUAUGCAGACCAGCCUUCUAGGUAACAAAUUUAAACGCCAAAUAUUUGAAAAGAAAUUAGAAACUGUCCAACCACAGGAAAACAGCCCGGCAAAGAUUCAAAGUGAAGGCAGCAACCUGCAGAGAGUGAACAGAGUCCUCACGGGCCCAAGGAGCAUCCAGAAAAGGCACUUCAAAGAGGUGGGAAAGCAGAGCACCAGGAGGGAAGAGGGUGCGCAGGCAUUUGUGGAGAGCGCUGCCCAAGAAAAAAGGCUCGGGAGCCCGGUCUCAAGGGAGCUGGAACAGCCUCACACAGAGCAGGGGCGUGAGAAGUUAGUGGGAAACACCGUCUACACCAAGCCUUCGUUCACCCAAGAGCUUAACGCAGCAGUCUCCUCUGUGCUGAAACCCUUCUCCAUGGGCGAGCCUUCUGCCUCCACCCCUGCAAAAGCCCUACCUCAGGUCAGAGACAGAUCGAAAGACUUAACCCACGCCAUUUUCAUUUUAGACAAAGGAAAGGCUAGAGUUAAAAGUAUGAAGGCUGCCAAACCAAUUGUAUAUUCCCGAAAAAAAUACCGCUAUCAUAAAACUCGCUCCCACGUGGCCCACAGAACACUCAAGGCCAAAAAGAGUCAAAAGUUCAGAAAGAAAAGUUACCUCGAUAGACUGAUGCUCGCAAACAGGCCGCCAUUCUCUGCAGUGAACAGCCUCAUAAAUUCCCCUUCACAAGGGGCUUUUUCAUUAGGAGACCCAAGUCCUCAGGAAAAUCCUUUUCUGGAAGGAUUUGCUCCUUCAGAACGUUUUACAGAAAACACUAAUGUAAAAGACACAACUGCAAGAAAUGCCUUUGAAGAAAACAUUUCUAUGGAAAACACUACUACGCCGGAAGGCACCAUCGCUGAAAACACAACCUACAAUCCUCCUCCUGAGGCAGAUUCCGCUGGGACUGCGUUCAACUUAGGGCCAACUGUUAAACGAACUAAUCAGACACAAUGGGAAUACAACAAUGUGGGCACUGACCUGUCCUCCGAGCCCAAAAGCUUCAAUUACCCGUUGCUCUCAUCCCCAGGUGAUCAGUUUGAAAAUCAGCUAAGCGAGCAGCUACGGUCCCUCAUCCCCAACAACAAUGUGAGAAAGCUCAUUUCUCAUCUUAUACGGACCUUGAAGACGGACUGCUCUGACACCCGUGUGCAAGUGACCUGUGCCAAGCUCAUCUCCAGGACAGGCCUCCUGAUGAAGCUUCUCAGUGAGCAACAGGAUGUAAAGGCAUCCAAGGCAGAAUGGGAUACAGAACAGUGGAAAACUGAGAACUAUAUCAAUGAGAGCACGGAAGCCCAGAGUGAACAGAAAGAGCAGAGGUUGAGUGAGCUCACAAAAGAAGUUCCAGGAUAUGGAUAUAACAACAAACUCAUCUUGGCAUUAUUUGUGACCGAAAUACUAACGACUUUGAUUAUAAUUUUCUGCCUCAUUCAGGUAAGCACAAUUAAUUCAGGUUUUCAGAAUGCAGUCCUGUCUUUGUGUGGAUUCAGAGCCCACAAACUCAAAACCAAAGCCGCUUUCCCACCUGCUGCUACUUGACAUUCUUCUUCAGUCGGUUAAGGCU